AUGACGAUUGAAGAAGUCCAGAAAACGACGAAUGAGCAGCUCGCUGCUCUCGUGGCUGCCCUCACUGCUCCCGCUGGACCGACGAACCGUUCCCAACCCGUCUGCCGGCAUCUCUUCCCUCCAACGCCGGCAGAAGACCGCGCUGUGGACGAAUCUGACCCUAACGGUCCUCCCGCCGUAUACCCUACUCCGACGACAGCAGAUCCGACGACGAUUCGCGAGAUCGCCGAGCUCAAACUCAGCCUUCAACAAAUGAGCUCGCAGAUCCACCAAGCGACGAGCGCAGCCCCUCAGAUCGACAGCGUCAUCGCCUCUACUUCGCGCUCGCCCUUCGCUAGCGAGCUAACCAGGGUCCAGCUCCGCAAAAUAGAAAAGCUCCGUCUCCCCGAGUACAAACCCGGCGGCGACCCCGUCGAACAUCUGACAGCCUUCAACAUAGCUAUGGCCAGAGCUCGCCUUUCCGACGAAGAGAAGGACGCAGGAUACUGUCAGCUCUUCGUCGAAACACUCAACGAACAAGCGCUAACCUGGUUCUCACAGCUCAGCGAGAACUCGAUUCGCAGUUUCCGAGACCUAUCAGCCUUUCGUAAGGACCUGUAUUCCAACCCCACGACUUCGCUCCCCGAUGCUAUUGCCCGGUCUCACAAUUUCAUCCGAAUGGAAGAAGACACCAAGGCAAUAAUUCGGAAGCAGAACGCUGCCAAGCCGGUUGCAGCCAAAAGUGCGGGAGCUCGGCCAGAGCCACGCCAGCACGCGCCAGCUGAUAACGGCGGCAAAAAAGGAGGUCUCCUCUACGUCGUGGACGAGAACAACGCCCCUGUCUCAACCAUGGUCAUGCACGAUAAAAAGUGGAAUGUUUAUCAGCGAGAGACCGACUCUCCAGAUGCGUCCCCCAGUACCCCUAGUGCUGGUGUCGUGGCUAAAUCGAAGGACGCUGAGAAGGCCACCCGGGAAACCGAUGAUGACGACGACUCGGCGGACGACGAUCAGCCUGCCAAUCGCCAGCGCAUUGAAGUGAUCCGCGUCCAACCUCAAGGAAGGAACGAACCAGGAUCCUCGUCGGACGAGGACGACGAUAUGAGACCCCAGACGACACUGUGGAUCUUCGGUCCUUCCUCGAGCAAAAGUCUCGAUCCACUACCGAGGAAACGCCAGUCUCUUCUGAUCUCCGCCGACAGAUCGACUCGAAUCGCGCCGCGAAAGCUUCGGCACAAGACUCCUCCCAAAGGCAGUCCGCCGACAAGCCGAACUGCGAUUUGCGAGACAAACUCAACGCGAAGAUCGGCGACCUGCGGACAACCCUUAACCGCAAGAAAAGGGAUACUGCCGAAACAAGUAGCGACCUUCGCGAUGUGCUCCGCGCAAAGCGAGCACAAACUCGUCCCCGGAUAA